AUUAAACGUAAAAUGGUGUGACAGACUCACUGAGCAACAGGUGUUCCUGGUUCCCGGGCAGAACUGUGAUUGACAGCUGUCUUAGCCAAUCAGCUGACAGAGAGGGAUGCGUUCGCACCAAUCGCAUACUCCCGCAGUGUCCGUGUGGGCGUUGAUCCAAACCGGGCACACACACACAUACACACAGGGAGACGCACACACACACACACGUACACAGCAGCAGUGUCAUCAGCGGUGGAUCCACACAGGACGCCGAGGACAGGCAGGGAGUGUUUGACCGUCUCUGGCGAGGGUUUUUCAGUCGUCGUUGUCGACAUAAGAGGUGGAAAUACACCGGGACUUGAAUAUCUAAAAGGUUGUUAGACGCUGGAGGGACCGUGAUUGUGUUCAGAGCAGGUCUACUGUUUUCUCUACAGACUGGUAAUUGCUGCAGUCAAUUUGGAAUAUAAGCAACUCUGAGGAUUAUUGUUGGACGAUUGGAUCAAAUCUCCCAAAUCACUAAUCCUUCCCCAUGAGGAAAGAUGGGGAAUGGAUUGUCAGAACAACCUAGCAUGCUCUCAAGCAUCCCGUUCUUCCAGUCUUUUCACAUCGCCAUCCUCGGGCUGGACUCUGCAGGGAAGACCACCGUCUUGUACAGGCUGCAGUUCAACGAGUUUGUGAACACGGUUCCCACCAAAGGUUUCAAUGCAGAGAAGGUCAAAGUGUCUCUGGGUGGCCACAGGACUGUGACGUUCCACUUCUGGGACGUUGGUGGCCAGGAGAAGCUACGCCCUCUGUGGAAGUCGUACACGCGAUGCACGGACGGCAUCAUAUUUGUGGUGGACUCUGUGGAUGCAGAGCGCAUGGAGGAGGCCAAGACAGAGCUCCAUAAAAUCGCCAAGACCUCUGAAAACCAAGGGGUACCCCUGCUGGUGGUGGCCAACAAACAGGACUUGAGACACUCUCUUGGACUGGCUGAAAUUGAGAAAUUGCUGGCUCUGAAAGAACUGAGCCCCGCAACACCGUGGCACCUGCAGCCAGCCUGCGCCAUCAUAGGAGACGGGCUCAAGGAGGGCCUGGAAAGACUCCAUGACUUGAUCCUGAAACGGAGAAAGGUGCUUCGACAGCAGAAGAAAAAGAGAUGAACUUCACAAGAAAGACUUGUCUACUUUUUAAUGUGUGAAGGAAACAUAAAGGAUGUUCUCCUGAGUGGAUACAAGCAUCCACUGCAGGUCCAGAUUCAACACGCUGAGUUUUAUCAGUCCAAAAUUGAGCUUUAGGAUUCCCGGUCUUGGUCUUGUGAGGAUGCUGUUGAUCAGGAAGUGACACAAAAAGGAAUAUAGUAUGAAGAUGAGAAAGUCUCAGACAUGUGUGGGUAUAAAGAGUUUAUAUGGUUCAAAAAGCACGGAUGGUUUGGGGUCUGGAAGGGUGAUAGAAGUUGUUUUUAGGAUGCUGUAUGAUUCAUUAAUGGCUCAUGGCUGUUCCAAACAUUAUUACCAAAAAUAAUUUAAGAAAAGACAUUGACUAGUUGAAGGGUUAUUUUGGUAAAUGAAUGAACAUCAUUUCACCAGAGAGGCAAUGAAAUGUCAUUAACAUCACAUUUUAUUUUACAGUUUUAUGUUAUUAUAACUUGUUAUUUUUUUACACUGGACUUUCUUUGUGAAAGAAAAGUAUUAUUGUGCAUUAUUGCAUUAUUAUCGAUUUGUUUGCUGUCUUAUAUCUCUCAAGUUUAUUUUUCAAAAGCACUUUAGAGUAUCACUUUUUAUUGAGUUUACAGUUUUUAAAUAGAGCAUAUUGUGUUGAAUUUUACAGAAAUGUUUUGGCAAAAUACAACAGAUGCUACUGUACAGUAGGUGGUCCUCAUCGGCCACAUUGUCACUAGACAGGUUAUGCAUUAUGUUUUGCUAAAUAAAACAUAUUUAGACCAAUGUU